UUUACUUAGUUGAAAAUACUGGCCAGUGAUAGUCGCAUGUGUCUUACCUUUACCUGGGGCUUAUAAAGGUUGGAUUCAUGUCCGUAUGCCUUUACUUUGUUGAAAAUAUUGGCCAGUUGUUGAAACUUUUGUGAAUUUGGAUUUCGAAUGUGACGGUUUGUGUUGUUUGUGUUUAUGGAUAUGCACUGGAUGUAUUUAAAUUCGUAUCCGGCUGUCCACAGAAAUGGACGAAAGAAAUCCUUGGAACAGUUCCAAAAACUACGAGCAACAGGACAAAAAUAAAUCCAUAUUUUUGGUGAUACGAAAAUAAACCAAAAUUUUUGCGGAAUUUUAGAAAGUUCCGCUUGAAAAUGGAACUUUUUCCGAAUCCGAGUGUUCUUAUUUUGAAAAUGGAUUCAAGUUUAUAUUGAAAAUGGAAUUGUCUCUUGUAAUACGAAAAACAUUAACGAUAAAGUAUGUCGAUUUAAAAAAAAAUUAAGUAAACAGUGAUGGGAAAAAAUUUAACAUUGAAGUGUGAUGAAAUUUCGUUUUUUUUAUUUGCUUUUUGACGGAAAUUAAGUUUUGAGAUUCGAUGUGUUCGGUGUCCAGUGUUUUGGAAAAUGGUACGGACUUGACUGUGCAGUGGAGAUGGCUAAGGAUCGGGAUCUGUGUGUUAUGGUGGUAGUGUUACUUGCCGUGGUCCAGAGAAGCUUGGAGAUCACGGAUGCUGGAAUCAUCCAGGUCUGGUCUGCGCCAGGCGGGGUGACCAGACUGCCCUGCAACCUGGCAGCGCCAUCCAGAGACGUGGCCAUGAUGCUGUGGUUCAAAGAUGGCGAUCGGAUGCCUAUAUACACAGUGGACUUCAGGAACGGCCCGCCGGUCCACUGGGCGGUCGCCGGCGAGUUUGGAGCACGGACCCACUUCGUGCUUAAUGAGUCUGACACGUCAUCAGCUCAUCUGGCCGUGGACAAAGUGGCUCACAGGGAUGAAGGCGUCUAUAGAUGUCGGAUAGACUAUGUGGACUCGCCGACUAGGAAUUAUAGGGUCAAUUUGACUGUUAUUGUUCCUCCUGAAUCUCCAAGAAUUUACGAUUCCGAGGGUCGUGAGAUUCUUGGCACAGUGGCAGGAACGUUCAGGGAAGGACAGGAUCUACUCCUCUCUUGCCAAGCUUCUGGUGGUAAACCGCCACCAGAUGUCUCUUGGUACCGAGGAGAAGAACGCCUGGCCUACACGAAGGAAGGUUCAGUCUGCCAGCUACUCCUACCAGAGCUGACGAGGGAGAUGGCCGGCACGAGGUUCCAGUGUCGGGUGGAGCCUCCGCUUCUAAAAGCGGUGUAUAGAGAUGUUACACUUAAGUUAUUUUUAAAGCCACAGUUCGUGAGGGUCACGGGCAAUGGCAUCAGCAGAGCUGGACAUGACCGAGCGUUCGUUUGUACCACGCGAGGGUCGAAGCCAGCUCCCAAUAUUGACUGGUUUAUCAACUCACAAAAGAUUGACUCCACGUUAACAGAGGUGGAUGUUGAUGGCGAGGUGACAAAGAGCAUCCUAACCUGGAGAAUAAGAAGGGAAGACAGCGGAAGACAGCUGGUCUGCCGAGUCUCCAACCCGUGGUUCCCGGCAUACACGCUGGAAGACUCGGUGGUGUUGGAUGUUAUGUAUCCACCCGUGGCUCAGAUAUCAUUGCUGGAGCCGAGAGAAGCUCGUCUGCUGCGGGAGGACGAGAAUGCAGAGUUGCUGUGUUCUGCUGAUGCUUCACCGGCACCAGAUAACUUCACCUUCUAUAAAGAGGACCACAUAAUCCGCGAUGAUCCCAUCGGUGGGAUAGCAGUGGAAGGCAACAAGCUGAUUCUCCGAGGUCUGAGGAGGCACCACUCUGCCCGCUAUCGGUGUAGGGCGCGAAACUCGGAGGGAAGCGCUUUGAGUGAGCCGCUGACACUAAAUAUUCUGUCCAGGCCAGAAUGCUCAGCCGGCAGCGUGGUGCAGCAGCUAGCUGGAGCCCCAGGAGGCGAAGUCAGGGCUCGGUGCUCGGUCACAGCGCCGUCCAUACACGACGCGGGGCCGCUGAGGUUCUACUGGACCUAUAACGGAACUAAGGAUGUUUUACCAAUACCACCAUCAAACGUGACAGUCAUGGGUGCCAGCAGCACAGUGGUCCACGGUCUACCGGCAGACACUGGCGAAGAUCUCGGCUGGUUGGCCUGCUGGGCCAGCAAUGACGUGGGGAAUCAGCGGGAGCCGUGUUUAUUCAGGAUAAUGCCUGCUGCACUCCCAGAACCCCCAGUGAACUGCGAACUGGACAACUCCCUCCUCCACUGCGAGCCGGGCCACGACGGCGGUCUACCCCAGCGGUUCCUACUCGAGGUCCUCGAGGUACGGCCCUCGGAGCCAAUCACCAAUGAGAUCGCUACGAUGAACGAUCAGGGCAUAUCCGCUCGAGGACUCACAGAAGCGGUCUACAGAGCCAGCAACGAUGCUCCUCAGUUCGUGCUUGACGCCUUGUCCCCUGGACGCUAUACAUUCCUAGUCUACUCGGAGACGCCCAGGGGACGGUCUCCCAGGCCGGCAGCGUUGCACAGCGUUGCAAUCAAUCCGUCGGAUGACUUGGAUAGGCCUGGUUCUCUUCAAACUAUGACACCAGCACCCCCACCAAUGACAGCUGGUGACAACAGCGUCGCGUUACUGGUCGGCGCAGCACUGAGUCUGAUCUUACUGACCAUUCUGACUACUUUGUGCGUCGCGCUGGUCGUCAUGUGCAAGAAAAAGACGAGGCCUUCGAGGGACCCUGAACAGAGUACAAUCCUUCGACGAAGCGUCGGAGUGUCAAUGUACGGAGGAUCCUCAAUAUCUCCCAGCGUCGUGCCAACCGUCGUUGUGAGAGGACAUCGGGGGUCACGAGUGCUUGCUGCGAGAUGGUCAGGCGUUUUAGAUGACGCACCUUUAGCUGUCCUGGCUUUGGAUACCAGAGCUCAUGAUGAUACAGAUAGUCAAGGUGACGAACAUCAGGAGACUGAAUUCACGAAGAGUAUGGACGAUAUGGAAACUCAAACAGAUUCGUAAUCUGAACAAAAAAAAAGUUAGCUUGAAAUAAGUACUUUAAAUUUGUCAUUUAAAGGCUAGUACAUUUGAAAGAAAAACAAUAUACAAGAUAAUGAUGGUGAUCUAAUAAGAUAAAGCCCCAUCCAGACGGAUCAAGAACUUGUAAGCGAUUUUCGUUAUAAUGCGGUAUUUGCUUGAUCGACUGAAUUGAUUGUACUCUGCAGCUAGCAAUGUAUCGAAUAUUGCACGCAAUUCUCGCGUCAUGUGGGUUUAAAUCUAUAUUCAUCAGCUAGCAAGAACGACAAUGUUUGAAAAAAUUUAAAUCGUCACUGAUUUAAAAUUUUAAUUUGAAUGAAAACUUGAGGGUAGUGUGAAAUAUGAUAAAUUGCAUGGUUCAGUAUUAUUUUAUUAGUGAUAAAUAUUGAAAAAAAUAAUAGAUUGUUUUAAAAACAAGAGGUAAUUGAGUGAAUAGUUAGUGUUCUGUUAUUCUGUAUGUGCACGUAGAUUAGAGUUAGCAAGUUUUGUCAGACUAUGUAUUUUAGUAAUAAUGUGUAAAUUAGCAGAGGCAGAAACGAUCUUAUUAUAUUUAUGUAUUUAUUUUGGAUUUCAAAUUAAUAUUUGGUGCCUUAUAUAAAUGAAAAUAAAACAUUUUGUUUUCUAUUUAAAGAAAAGUGAACAAAAAUUUGAACAGAGCUGCCGAUUGAAAUAAGGUUUAUGUUUUCCAAUGUUACUAUAACUACCUACUGUGUGUUUGUAAAUAGAACAAUACGGGUAAUAUAUAUAUAAACUUAAGUAUACAUAUUAUACUUACUAUAUUAUAUUUCCCAUAGAUUAGCUAAGUACCUACAUAUUUAUUAAGAUGCGAUAUGCCUAGGCCGAUUUCUUGUAUUUUUGGUUCGUUUUUUGGGUAAUGAAUUAUGAAUUAUAAUUUAAAACGAUGUAGAUUUGGUAAUUCUGCCCUUAGCCAAUUUAUUUUAUUGUUUAUAAAUUUUUCAUAUUUAAUAAUUUUAAACAACCAUCUCACCGAUUACAAAACGUUUGUAAUUGUCCAAAUCAAAUUUAAUUACAUUUUAGGGCCACUAGCGCCGUCCCACUAACCCGGUUAAAUCUGGAGUGACCAUGGUAACCAGUACAAUUUGACACUGGGUUAACGGUUUAACCGCUUAAACCCGGGUUAGUGGGAUGGUAGAAGUGGCGCUAAGACAGUUGAUUUCUUAAAUAAAUAAAUAAAUAUUAUGAAACACUCUUACAAAUUUGACGUUGCCCCACAGGUAAGCUCAAUGACGCUUGUAUUGUGGAUACUCGACGACUAUAUAAAUAAUACUUAAACACAGAUAACAUCCAAAACUCAGGAACUAAUAUUUGUGAUGGACACAGAAAUUAUAAUAAUAAUUUGAACCCGGGACCUCCUACUUCGUAGCCAGGGCACAGAAUAAAUAGGUAAUAGUACUAGGUACAGAAGACUCGCUCUCUAACAAAACGCGUCUGUUACGAUCAGCACAGGUAUGGCCGCUAGGUGGCGACAGCGCCACGCGCGGCUUAUGGCUUUCUCUAAAAUUGGGGUGGAACGGUUGUACUUUUAGCAAAGCGACGAAAUCGCGGAGUGAGCCACGCCUGGCCAGGGUCACUACCGGCUGCGCUAGGAGGCUGUUAAUGUUUAAAAUAGGUUACACAUUUGACUUUUAAAUUCCUGUAUACCUUCUCUCUUAAAAUGGAAAUAGUACAUUUAUAAUGUUAUCAUAAAAUGCAAAACUAGGAACUUCAGUUCUGAGCUCAUAAUAUAUUGAAGUCAUUUUACCUCCAUAUGAAAUGGAAUGGCUACAUUUUCCUCAGGAAAUUGUGUUAAAGCAAAUGUUUAUUUACGUUACUAUUGUAUUUCUAAAGUUAAUAUAUUUCAGCUUGAAAUUAAGGAAAACAUGUUUUGUAAGAGUAACGCUAAAAAACUGUAACCCAACAAGGGAUUAAAAUUAUAUAAAGAUCGUCAAAAUGUAACGUUUGGUAAACAAUGAUAUUAUCCAGAAGUAUCCAAAAAAAAGCGGCCAAGUGCGUGUGCAAGUGGGUUGGAUGAAAAACAUUUUUUGAGUUUCAGUUCUAAGUAUGGGGAACCCCCAAAAUUUAUUGUUUUUUUUUAUAUUUUUGUGUGAAAAUCUUAAUGCGGUUCACAGAAUACAUCUACUUACCAAGUUUCAACAGUAUAGUUUUUAUAGUUUCGGAAAAAAGUGGCUGUGACAUACACGGACAGACGGACAGACAAUGACAUGACGAAUCUAUAAGGGUUCCGUUUUUUGCCAUUUGGCUACGGAACCCUAAAAAUGAAUGAUACACAUGUAUUACCUUCGUGGAAUUAAAUUCCAGUACCCCUAGUGUAAAUUUCAUUCGAUAGCGUGACGUUACGUACCUACGCGUUUACAUUAAGUGACAUUUUUAUUGGAUUUUGAGUUUCCAAAACGUGCCGCUUGGCGCGCUGUUCAAAAUACCAAACAAAAAUAGACAUAAACGCGAACGGAGUUAAGAGUGUUAAGUAAUUAGAUGCGGAUUUUAAGUUGUUUCCUCGUGAUGGCUGGUAGUUUACUUACAUAUUAAGUGAUGAUUUUGAAUAAUAAAAUUUACUUGCCUUGAUUUCAAUUUGUCUGUAAUGUAGUUAGUAUUUUCCUCGCGUUGGUGCAAAAUGUUGUGUUUCACUCGGUAGCAAAUUUUGUUUAACCCUCGUGCCUUGAAACCCUCACAAGGCUCUAGGUUCAACUUUUCAAACCACUCGUUACGCUUGGAUUCAAUCUUAGAAUUCGCUUGCUUAAGUAUAAUUUUAAUACUAGCGAGGGGUUAAACAACAACAUUGCCUUGUGAAACAAAUGUAUUGUGUGUUUUAUAGUAAAAUAAUAAUAACAAUUACAGUUUUACUUUGAUUUGGACAUAUGCAUUCGUGAUUGAUAGUUGAUGUAAUAGUUAAUUUUAAGAAUUGAUGUUAUAUCUUAAGACAUAUCCCUACGUAGAAAUAUUACUACACCAAAGAAUAGAACAAUGAAAAAAUCGACAAAAUAUUUCUGAUGUAUACGUUUUAGUAUCACAUUGAUUAGACGAACGUUUGUAUUGGAAAUAAACUUUAUAUUUUAUGAAAUAUAA